UGGGGCAUCAGGUGAGAGAGAGAGAGAGAGAGAGAGAGAGAGAGAGAGAGUGACAGAGAGAACAAGAGAGAAAUUUGGACUGUUUGAAGAAUAGUCUGAGAAAUGAGCAGGAAUCAAAAUACGAUGGAAGGAGAUCAGAUUCCAAAUCCCCCAAUCCCACAGGCUCCGUAUAGUCUUCCCCCGAACCACACAUACACUAGUAACAUCAAAGCUAAUGGAGUUCUGAAUGGUCAGCCUGAUAAAGCACUCCUGAGGGCACAGCAGGAAGUGGACAUGUUAAAUCACUGUUUUGAGGAGAUUGAGGGGUUCAUGAUGAAAUUGCAGCAGGCAGCUGAAGCUCAGAACAUCCUGGAACAGAGAAACAACAAGAAGAAAAAGAGUAGAAAGAAGGAGGAUGACCUGCUCAGUAUUAAAGCUAAAGCUCCUCCUGAAGCCGAGUUCAUCCAGAUCUUUCAGAAAUUCAAAUACAGCUUCUGUCUUCUGGCAAGGUUAAAAUCGGCCAUUGCUAACCCCACAUCAGAUGAACUCUUACACCACGUCUUCAAACCACUGGACAUGAUUGUGAGAACUACAGGAAGUCCUGCAUUAGCAGCAUCAGUGAGAAGUCCUGCAUUAACAGUGGGUGCAGUAACACUGCUCAAUGAGAACCUAACACUGCCAGAACACACACUCUGGAGCUCCCUGGGAAGCUACUGGACACAAUCAGGGUCAGCAUUAGGAGUUUCUGGAUCUUCGUACACUCCUGUCUUUCUGAAUGGUUGGAAGCCACCUGGGACAGAGGUAGAAGGCUGGAUCGAUCCCAUCCAAGCAGAACACAACAAAGAUGAAGAGCAGGAAAAGCUAGCGUUACAGAGUUCUGUCCAGCCCCCUGUUCCUCUGAUUCCUGUACAGGACACACACACAGAAGUUGAUGGUGCAGCACUGACGGAGAGAUUGUACAGCUGUAGCUAUGACUUUGUGGCUCGGAACAGCAGCGAGCUCUCAGUUCUGCAGGGAGAGAUGCUAGAGGUGAUUGAAUCAUCAAAGCGAUGGUGGAAGUGUCGUAACAGGUUUAAUGAAGUUGGUUUUGUCCCCUUUAAUAUUCUGGAGCCUGUUUCUCACAUAGACAGCAUGGGGCCCAACAAACCGCCCAAAGCUCCAGCACCACCUCCGAUGCAGAAGACGAGCACUCUGCCUCUGCCCACUUCCCAUGGCAUGACCUCUGACUUUAACACUUCACGACCUCGCAGCAUUGCACUGCCACCUCAACACCUGCCUGAGGACACAGAUAAAGUGAUGCAAGUUAAUGAUGAACUCCUGCAGAGACUGACCAAUGGGAAAGCAGGUUUGUCUCGUCCAUUGGUCAUCCCUCGUUCUUCAGAUACUUCACUUCCUCUGGACUAUCACUCACCUCCUGCUGAAGUUGAAGCCUGGCUACGUGGGAAAAGCUUCAGUGAGCCGACUGUACAGUGUCUUCGUGUUUUAACAGGAGCUCAGCUCUUCUCUCUGAAUAAAGAAGAGCUUCGUGCUGUUAUUCCCGAAGAAGGCGCGAGAGUGUAUAGUCAGGUUGCUGUACAAAAAGCACUGCUGGAGGAUGUCAGAAAGGCAACAGAGCUGGAGACAGUAAUGGAGAAACAGAAGAUGAAAGUAGAUUUUACAGGCGAGAGUGGAACUCUCUAACAUACAUAUCAUACCCUAACAUAGUGCCCGCCCCCAUUAAAAACAGAUUAAAUUUAUAUUUACAUUGGUGUACAUGGUGUGGUUUAACUAAAAAGAAAACUCAUUUAUUCAAUGACUUUACACACACACACACACACACACACACACACACACACACACACACAGUCUGUAUAACUCAAUACAGACUACUCCUCACAUGUAUUGCACAAAUCAAGUGCCAUUUUAAGGUAAAGAUUUAUUUGCUGUCUAAAUGUAAAUGUUCAUCCAUGACUGUACAUUAAUAAAUUAUAAUAAUUUG